CGCAAACCCGGAAGCGGAUCGAGCAGAGAAGGGGCGCGCUCGGUAUAAACUUACCUGAGAAAGAAGACCAGAAGAGGGAAAAAAGGAGGAAUGGCUCUUUUCCAGGGAUGGUUAACAUUCAGGGAUGUGGCCAUAGAAUUCUCUCAGGAGGAGUGGGAGUGCCUGGACCCCGCUCAGAGGGCCUUGUACCGGGACGUGAUGCUGGAGAACUACAGGAACCUGGUCUCCCUGGAUGAGGAUAACUUCUCUCCAGAAGUUGGAAGCCCUUCUGCUGGAUUUACAGUCAAGGAAUUAUCACCAGUAGAGAACAUUAAUAAAGGAGAAUUUUACCACUUAAUAAUACUGGAGAGAAAUGAAAGUCAUGGCAUCAAGGAUUUUGAUCUCAAGGAAGUCUGGGAAAAUAUGCACAAGUUAGAGAGUCAGUGGGAGUAUGAUGCAAGAAAUUACAAAGUAGUGCCUUUGACCCAAGACAAAAAUCUCACUUGUAGAAAAGACCAGCAACUUAAUCAGUCCUCAGUUACUCUUCCUGAAAAGCAGAGUGUUUCUGUAAGAAAUAAUACAUACCAGUAUUUCAUGGAUGAUGAGCCACUUACAAGGACUUUGUUAAAACGGGAUGGUAACAGAAGUGGUUCUGGAAACCAGUACAUAAACUGCGUGGAAAAUAGAAUUGGAUUAAGUCUGCAGGCACAUCUGGCUGAACUCCAGAGAUUUCACAGUGAGGAGAAAAUGUAUGAAUGUAAUCCAACUGAGAAGUCUGUCAGCAAUGGUUCCUCAGUCUCACCACUUCAAAGAGUUCCUCCCAGUUCCAAAAACAUUUGGAAUAAAUCUAGGAAGAUUUUUAAAUAUCCUUUGUUACCUGCACAAUACAAGACAGCAUUCACUAGAGGAAAAUCUUACAAAUGCAAUGACUGUGGGAAGACUUUUAGCAAAAGCUCAAACCUCAUAAGUCAUGAGAGAAUUCAUUGUGGACAGAGACCUUACAAAUGUAAUGACUGUGAUAAAGCCUUUACAUACCGUUCAAAUCUUACUCGACAUAAGAAAAUCCAUACUGGAGAGAAACCUUACAAAUGUAACGAGUGUGGCAAAACAUUUACCCAAUGUGCAAACCUUACUAGGCAUCAGAUAAUACACACUGGAGAGAAACCACACGAAUGUAACGUGUGUGGCAAGGCUUUUAACCAAAGUUCGAGCCUUAUGGCACAUCGGAGAAUUCAUACAGGGGAAAAGCCUUAUAAAUGUAGUAAGUGUGAUAAGGCUUUUAUCAAACGUUCAGACCUUUGGUGUCAUGAGAGAACUCAUACUGGGGAGAAACCUUACAAAUGUAGUGAGUGUGGCAAAGCCUUUGCUGAGCGUUCGAAUCUUACUCAACACAGAAGAAUCCAUACAGGACAAAAACCUUAUAAAUGUAAUAAAUGUGAUAAGGCUUUUAUCAAACGUUCAGACCUUUGGGGUCAUGAGAGAUCUCAUGCUGGUGAGAAACCUUACAAAUGUAAUGAGUGUGCCAAAGCGUUUUCCCAUUUUGCAACCCUUAGUACACAUAAGAAAAUACAUACUGGAGAGAAACCACACAAAUGUAAUGUGUGUGACAAGGAUUUUAUCCGAAGUUCAAGCCUCAGGAGACAUCAGAGAACUCAUACAGGAGAAAAAUCUUAUAAAUGUAAUAAAUAUAAUAAGGCUUAUAUCAAACAUUCAGACCUUUAGAGUCACGAGAGAACUCCUACUGGAGAGAAACAGAUGUAAUGAGUGUGGCAAAGCCUUUACGGAGCAUUCACAUCUUGCUCAGCAUAAGAAAAUCCAUAUUGGAGAGAAACCUUAUAAAUGUAAUGAGUGUGGCACAGCUUUUAGUCAAUUUGCAAAAGUUACUAGGUUUCGGAAAAUACAUAGUGAAAAGAAACAGUGUAAAUCUGAUUAUGUGUGGCAGUGCUUUUAUUCAAAACUCAA